GUCGAGGGACGCGAUGCCGCCGCCGCCUCCGCCUCCUCGCCGGCCCGGGCUGCGCCGCCGGGGCUGAGCCGCCGCUAGAACCGCGAACCGAGCGGCCGCUGGGCGCGCCAGCAGCGCGGGAGGAUGGGCUGCGGCGGCAGCCGGGCGGAUGCCAUUGAGCCCCGCUACUACGAGAGCUGGACUCGCGAGACGGAGUCCACAUGGCUCACCUACACCGACUCGGACGCGUCGCCCAGCAACGCCACCCCGGACAGCGGCCCCGAGGCGGGCGGCCUGCACGCAGAUGGGCUGGAAGAUGGCGUGUCCUCCAACAGUGUGCCCCGAUCGACAGCCCCAAGUGGAAUAUCCAACCCAGAGAAGAAGAUGAGCUGUGGGACCCAGUGCCCAAAUCCCCAGGGCCUCAGCUCAGGCCUCCUGACCCAGAAACAGAAUGGCCUCCGGACCACAGAGGCUAAAAGAGACGCUAAGCGGACGUCUGGAAAAGAAGUCACCAUUAACGUCGCAGACAGCAUCCGACAGGUGGACAGAAGUCGAAGAAUCACAAAGAACUGCGUCAACUAGCAGAGUGUUCAACCAGUUGAAGGGCAGAGGGACUUCUUUGGUGCCCUUCUCAUCCUGGACCCCAUCGCGGAACCUUGAAGACGUGGGUGGCCCUUGCUGUGUGGGAACGCUGCUGAGUGCCUUGGGAGACUGUCUUAGCCUGUUGGGACGUUCUCAGCCUCCUAUUUAUCACGUAAAUAUAUUGGCAGAGUACUCCCAUAGGGUAAUAAACUGCAAAUGUAUGUUCA